UGCUCUCGCUUUAUUUCUGUCCACUGCAGAUUCGAAGAUGCCUGAGCCAGCGAAAUCGGCGCCCGCCCCGAAGAAGGGGUCGAAGAAGGCGGUGACCAAGGCGCAGAAGAAGGACGGCAAGAAGCGCAAGCGCAGCCGCAAGGAGAGCUACUCGGUGUACGUGUACAAGGUGCUGAAGCAGGUGCACCCCGACACGGGCAUCUCGUCCAAGGCCAUGGGCAUCAUGAACUCGUUCGUCAACGACAUCUUCGAGCGCAUCGCGGGCGAGGCGUCGCGCCUGGCGCACUACAACAAGCGCUCCACCAUCACGUCCCGCGAGAUCCAGACGGCCGUGCGCCUGCUGCUGCCCGGAGAGCUGGCCAAGCACGCCGUGUCCGAGGGCACCAAGGCCGUCACCAAGUACACCAGCUCCAAGUAAACCCGCCACCAAGACACAAGUAAGAAGGCUCCAGAUGCUUCUCUUGCACUGCUCCACAAGCCUACCACUCAAACAGACACGCAGAAGAGAAUGAGUCUAGAAGAAGAGAACGGAUAAGAGCCACAGAGAAAGAAAGAGAAACUUUCAUGAAAGGACCAAAGGGAAUCUGGCUAAAAUGGCUUCUUUU